AGUUUUUGACAUAAAAUAGUUUGAAGAUGACUAAAGGUAGAUUUACAAAGAAAAUUUUAUCGAAUGAAGUAAAUGAAAAAUGCGACAGAAAAUGGAUUAGGUAUCAGCAGCUAAAUGCGUUGCAACCAAUAUUUUUAAGUGUCUGAGAUACAUCUUGUAUUACAUAAAUAUUCUAUUUGAAAUACGUGUAGCAAACAGAAUCACUACAUUUUGCUAAUAAUAUGGUGAUGGCAGGGAACGAAAAUACCUCUGGAUCUUUGGCAGAAGAUUCAUUAUCCACCAGAUUGCAAUGGCUUCGUCAACGGCGGGAAGCGCUCCAAGAAAAAUUAGCUCAGAAAAAUAAUGAACUUAAAAACUUAUGCGUUGAGGAAGCCGAACUGACUGGUGUCUUGCCACCAGAAAUUCCAUUAGAACCUGGAGAAAGCCCACCAGUAUUCCGUAAAAGGGUCGGAACAGCGUUCUCUUAUCCACAGAAUUUAAUUAAUAAAUUGAAAACAAAUGAAGUUGAGGAGUCUGCCUUAGAAUUAGAACGACAGGUUCAAAUUGGUAUAGUGGAAGCUGCUUUAGGAAUAGUAAAUGAUUCGACAGAGAGCAAGGCGGUUCGUCGUAAGCACAGGCUAGUUUAUCAGCAAAGUCAGCGUAGGCUCCAAGAAUUGGAAGCGCGUUUGAAUUUCUUAAGGCAGAGUCGUACAAAAACGCAUCAGUCUGUGCAACCGCAGCACACUGCAGUGUACAAUACCCAGUCGCAUUUGUAUACAAAUGUAAAGCACAGAACGAAAAAGCCUCGGCCACCGUUAGACAACGCAGCGAACGACCUGAAAGGCUCGAGAGGUUUACUUCAAGAGGGUGGCAUAAGUUUAAGUCCAUUAGGAUCGGAGGAUAAGUGUAGUCCAUAUCCUGGUCAUGGAUACGACGAUCAGUCAUUGGUACCUAACACUUGUAAUCAUGGGCAUGUAGGUAAUGCUUAUUGCCCCACGAUAGCCGAUCAGCGGCAAAAUAUCAAAAUAAUAGAGCACGAUCAUAAUGACAAUCAAAAUAUUUACAUACUACCCGACCAAUAUCGGGCACGAACGUAUUCACAUGGCAGCGGGGGUUCGCGCAAUCAGAAUCACUAUCAGGAGAACGAACGAUUAUAUCGCCCACUGCCAAACACGUACACGGAGGAAGAAAGACAGAUACGGUAUCGUCAGAUUCAGCAACAGCAAUUGCACGAACAGACUCAUAAUUAUCCACAGUAUAACGAUUACAAACACUUGGACAAUGAUGUUCAGCGGAGAUCCGGUCAGGAGUAUUACGACAGGGACUUCCGUACGGUGCAUUACACGCACAUGCCCGAAUUUCCAGUCUAUCAUAAAAACAACUCUCAGCCGCAAUCCCUGCUGAGACGGGAUCGUGAUUCCGGAGGAAGUAAAAAUUUACGGUUCACAGAUUCGCCCAGCGAGACGCAAAUACCGUCCGGCUAUUGGAUGCGAUACGAGGAUGAGAUUGUCUGGUGUCCCGACGAUCAGCUUGUCGCAGACAGAUUCGGGAGCUUGGAUCGAAGGAAGCGUAACGCGGUGCAGCAUACCGCCAACAUAGGUGCUGAUGUACAGCCACGAUAUCGCACGGUCUCCAUAGGGGGCAGUAAAACCACCUCGUCUUGCGUUCCGUCGCAUCAGACCACUUCCGUUCAUUUGCUCCCGUUGUCCGAACAAACAUCGACCAACAACAAAAUGUUGCUGCGCACGCAAUCGCUGGGCAGCGUCGAGAAGUGGCAUUCGAAUCAUUUACACGAGCUGCACGAUGGCAAGGACACCACCGACAACGUUAGUCGUAAAGGGAAGGAGAAGGAAUGGUACGAAACCUCGUUGGAUUCGGGCACGAGUCCUGGAUUAGAUCUCGGAUUGUUGAAGUCCCAUAAGAAUAUCCAUUAUCAAUCAACGAUUCCUGCUUGCACGAAACACUCUAAUGCUAGUAACAGCGACGAUGGAAAAGGUAAUUACAUGCCUUCGAUGAAUCAUCGCAAGACUGAGAUAGUCGCCGCCGAACUCGAACAGCAUUUGCAACCGUUAGCAUCGACUAGAUACGAACAGACGCGAAAGAAAGUCCUGGAGAUUCCAGCAGAGUCGAAAUCGUCACAAGAUCCAAGCGACGAGACGAUUCGUUUGGGAUCGUCUCAGAAUUGCACGAUCGUUCAGGCGGGAAAGUACCAACCUUAUAGAGAAGUUACGAAACCGUUCGAAAUGUCCGACUUUUAUAAAUAUUCCACCAAGUUCCGGAAAAGAAACGAGGCGAAUGGACGGAACUCGUCGAGCGAGGCACAAGACGACCCUCGAGGGGCGCAUUAUACAGGAACAAAUACAGAUCUCCAUGGAGAAUCCGAAGCUACAAACACGGCUCAUGAUGGAUCAGCUGCUAGUUCGGUUCAGAAACGAAUCUACCAGCCUGUCCAACGAAUGACAUGUCAACCUUAUCUGGCGUCAUUGAGAUAA